AUGGACGAAAAGCUUAAGGAAAUGGUAAAUGCAAGCAGCUUUGCAGAGAAAGAGUUAAAGUCAAUACUUGGAGAAAUAACUUUGCAGAACGAAAAACUUGUGGAUAUCCAGCGCAAAAUAGGAAUUACUCGGACACAUCUACUAAAGAACUCGAAGCUUGUUGGAGAGAUACUCAAAAUUACAAAGCCUAGAUUGGCCAUAGCAGUAAUAGUACUCUCGAUGAUGCUCAUCGCAUUAAUAUAUAUUAAGCUUAUAUUUCCACUAAAGUAG